GUAUAUAUUUGCCGUCAGCCCGUCCUACGUUCUCUUUCAUACGGACUGGAGACAAAAUGUCUCACCGCAAGUUUUCGGCUCCACGUCACGGGUCCCUCGGCUUCUUGCCUCGCAAGAGGAGCCGUCGUCACCGUGGAAAGGUCAAGAGCUUCCCCAAGGAUGACCCCAGCAAGCCCGUGCACCUGACUGCCUUCCUUGGCUACAAGGCUGGCAUGACCCACAUUGUCCGUGAGGUGGACAGACCUGGCUCAAAGGUGAACAAGAAGGAGGUGGUUGAGGCUGUGACCAUUGUGGAGACUCCUCCCAUGAUUGUCGUUGGAGUUGUGGGUUACGUAAACACCCCUCGUGGCCUGCGUUCCUUCAAGACCGUCUUUGCUGAGCACAUCAGUGAUGAGUGCAAGCGGCGGUUUUACAAAAACUGGUACAAGUCCAAGAAGAAGGCUUUCACCAAGUACUGCAAGAAAUGGCAGGAUGAGGAGGGCAAGAAACAGCUGGAGAAAGACUUUGCUGCCAUGAAGAAGUACUGCCAGGUCAUCCGUGUCAUUACACACACACAGAUGCGUCUGCUGCCCGUGAGGCAGAAGAAGUCUCAUCUCAUGGAGGUGCAGCUGAAUGGAGGCACCAUCUCUGACAAGGUGGACUGGGCUCGUGAGAAGCUGGAGCAGGCCGUACCAGUCAACACCGUUUUCACCCAGGAUGAGAUGAUUGAUGUUAUUGGCAUUACCAAGGGUCACGGAUACAAGGGUGUUACCAGCCGUUGGCACACAAAGAAGCUGCCUCGCAAAACCCAUCGUGGUCUGCGUAAGGUGGCCUGUAUUGGUGCCUGGCAUCCUGCCCGUGUGGCUUUCUCUGUGGCCCGUGCUGGUCAGAAGGGUUACCACCAUCGCACAGAAAUCAACAAGAAGAUCUACAAGAUAGGCCAAGGCUACCACACCAAGGAUGGAAAGGUUGUCAAGAAUAACGCCUCCACUGAGUAUGAUCUGUCCAACAAGAGCAUCAACCCCCUGGGUGGAUUUGUCCACUAUGGAGAGGUGACCAAUGACUUUGUCAUGGUGAAGGGCUGUGUUGUGGGAACCAAGAAAAGGGUGCUGACUCUGCGCAAGUCUCUGCUUGUGCAGACAAGUCGUCGCGCUCUGGAGAAGAUCGACCUCAAGUUCAUCGACACAACAUCCAAGUUUGGUCAUGGCCGUUUCCAGACUGUGGAGGAAAAGAAGGCAUUUAUGGGACCACUCAAGAAGGACCGCAUUGCCAAGGAGGAGACCGCUUAGAGUCCCCAACUGCAACAGUCUCUGCUUUGUUGAAUUUUACCAUCUUUACUGUUGUGCAGAGUUGUUUAAUAAAAUAUUUAAUAAAAAAAACA